UCAUUUUUCCCUCCCUUUUCCGCCUUUUUCAAUUCGUCCCUGAAGCGCGAACCCUCCCUCUGCAACUCGGUCUCUGUAGGGUUUAGGGGUUUACCAGAGUCCUCCCUGAUUCUUGCUCAACCGAUCUCUGAAUCAGGAGGGAGGGAGGUGACAGAUAAGAUGAAGGAAGAAGACAUCGAGAGGCUGCGAGGGGUCGUGAGGGACUGUGUGAACAAGCAUCUUUACUCCUCCGCCAUCUUCUUCGCCGAUAAAGUUGCUGCCUUCACCGGAGACCCUGCGGACAUCUAUAUGCAGGCGCAGGCUCUCUUCCUUGGCCGGCAUUUCCGCCGGGCACUUCACCUCCUCACAAGCUGCAAGAUCAUUUUCCGGGACCUCCGUUUCCGGUACCUUGCAGCGAAAUGCCUGGAGGAAUUGAAAGAGUGGCAUCAGUGUCUGGAGAUGCUUGGCGAUGCUAAAGUAGAUGAGCAUGGGAAUGUUAAGACGUCCGGUGACUGUAACGUAGCAUAUUUGGACAAGGAUGGAGAGGACCGUGAGAUAAAUAUUUCUUCAGCCAUGUUCUUUUUACGUGGGAAGGCUUAUGAAGCUUUAGAGAACCGUGCUCAAGCUCUUCUUUGGUACAAAGCUGCUAUCAAGGCAGAUCCUUACUGUUAUGAGGCUCUGGAAUGUUUGGUAGAUAACCAUAUGCUUACAUGUGAUGAAGAGAAAGUUCUGCUUUCAACUCUCCAAUUUGCUCCUGGAGAUGGUUGGUUGUCUGCCUUUUAUUCCUGUUUAAUUAAAAAGUAUGAGAAAGAAAAUGUUGUUGAGGAGAAGUUUGCAGAGCUUGAAAGAGAGCACUAUGAUCCAUGCUCCAUGGAUGUCUCCUUUGCUCAUACCCUGAAAGAUAAUACAGACCUUUUAACUUGCAAAGCUGACUAUUAUCAUCAGUGUGGAGACUACCAGAAAUGUUUUGAUAUGACCACUAUGCUUCUUGAAAGGGAUCCUUUUCAUAUUAAAUGUACUUUAGUACAUUUAGCAGCAGCAAUGGAACUUGGCAAGUCUAAUGAGCUUUACAUUAUGGCAUGCAAUUUGGUGAAAGAUUACCCUCAAAAGGCACUAUCAUGGUUUGCAGUUGGUUGCUACUACUACUGUAUCAAGAAGUUUGAUCAAUCACGUCGAUAUUUCUGUAAAGCAACAAGUUUGGAUGGAACAUUUGCUGCAGCUUGGAUAUGUUAUGGAAAUGCUCAUGCUGCAAAAGAAGAGGGUGACCAUGCAAUGGCUGCAUUUCGAACUGCAGCACGUCUAUUUCCUGGAUGUCAUUUGCCUAAUCUAUACUUCGGGAUGGAAUAUAUGCGUAUUCAUUGCUUUAAACUUGCUGAACAGUUUUUUAUGCAGGCAAAGGCUUUAUGUCCUUCAGAUCCCCUUGUAUUCAACGAACUUGGGGUAGUUUCUUAUCGCAUGAAAGAGUAUCAAAAAGCUGUCAGGUGGUUUGAAAAGACUUUGACAUGUGUUCCUACUUCUUUAUGUGAAACAUGGGAACCGACAUUGGUGAAUCUUGCGCACUCAUUAAGGAAGCUCAAGCGAUACCCUGAAGCCAUUUCGUAUUAUGAGAAAGCAUUGCUUCUCUCAAACAGAAGUUUAAGUACUUAUGCAGGUCUUGCAUACACCUACCAUCUUCAGAACAAUUUUGAUGCAGCUAUUACAUAUUAUCAUAAGGCUUUGGCGUUGAAGGUGGAUGACAAGUUCUGUACAGAAAUGCUGUCAAUUGCACUUGUUGAUGAUGCCAAAUUCCGGCAUGAUUUUUGACUUUGGCCACCCAAACUCUAUCUUAGUUUGCCGACGUGAUGUGGCCUGGCUCGGCUAUGUACUAGCACCUAAGGUUACAAUUGUACUUGCUGGGUGUACCAAGUCCUUGAGCUGGUAAACCAUAGUCCAACUGCUAGAGAUUAGAGAUCCACCUGGUGGCUGUUUGGUCUACAUGCCUUUCAGAUUCACAAUAUCUGAAAGUCACUGUUGCGCCUGAGAUUCAUGUUGUAUUAUAGAAGGGCCUGCUGGUUACCUUUUGCACAGCGUGCAGAUUAUCAUCAUGUUGAAUAGUGUAGAAAUCAUCUGAUACAAUGCGUUGUUUAUACACAUGAUUUUGUAUUUGUUUGAAUUAAUUUAUAUUGUUCUUUCGCUGUCUUCA